AUGUCCACUGCUACCACCGCGCAGCUCGACCGUUCGGAGCCUCCACCACGUCCCUCUGUGAACUAUCAGAGCGAUCCAGCCAAAUCUGAGCCUUCCGACACUGGUAUCCCGCCGCAGAAUGGAGUUCGAGCCUGGUUAGUUGUCCUGGGUGGUUUCUGCUGUCUCUUCGUGAGCUUUGGAUGGGUAAAUUGCAUUGGCAUAUUUCAGGGUUAUUACGAAACACAUCAGUUGAAAACCUAUAACUCUAGCACUGUCUCCUGGAUUACAUCACUUGAGGUAUUCUUUAUGUUCUUGGGAGGUCCUUUUAUUGGCAAAGUCCUCGACAGUUACGGUCCGCCAUGGCUUUUAUUGGUUGGGACUUUUCUGCACGUCUUCGGUCUUAUGAUGGCAUCAUUGUCCACAAAGUAUUACCAGUUCCUGCUUUCUCAAGGGAUUUGCAGCAGUAUUGGUGCCAGUAUGUGCUUUUAUGUAGCAUUAGGUGCUACACCGGGUUGGUUUACCAAACACCAGGCAUUAGCAACUGGAAUUGUCACGUCUGGCUCCAGUUUAGGAGGGGUAAUAUUCCCUAUCAUGAUUAAUAAAUUGCUUCCACAAGUGGAUUUCCCCUGGAGUAUGCGGAUAUCUGCAUUUCUUAUUCUGGGAUUAUUAGUGGUCGCAAAUCUAGUAAUUAGGACACGCCUCCCACCACCAAGGAACGUGGGUGGAAUCCAGGACUAUCUUGAACCAUUCCAAGACUUGAAGUUCAUUAUCGUGAGUAUCGGGACCUUAUUAUUCUCAUUUGGUCUAUUUACUCCGGUCAACUACUUGGUCGCGGAGGCAGAACACCUAGGUAUGAGCCAGGACAUGGCUGUCUAUACGGUAGCCAUCUUCAAUGGAGCCAGUCUCUUCGGCCGAACGAUACCCAAUUAUCUUGCUGACCGGUUCGGCCGAUUUAAUAUCAUGUUAAUCAUGAGCUGUAUUGCAUCUAUAUGUAUACUGGCAAUCUACAUCCCGGUAACGUCGAAUACUGGCAUCAUUGUGUUUGCGUCAGUUUUUGGCUUUGCCUCGGGUGCAUUCGUGUCGUUAGCUCCAACUAUUAUGGCACAGAUCUCACCGCUGGGCAAGGUCGGUCAGCGGAUUGGCACAAUGUAUGGAAUGGCGAGCCUGGGCGCGCUCUUUGGCAGCCCUAUUGGCGGCGCAUUGAUCAAGAGCUGGGGAGGGAGUUAUACGGGCAUGAUUGUCUUCAGUGGGGUUAUGGAAUUUGGAGGGUUCUUGUCUUUUGCCAUAGCUCGCUAUCUUCAAAGUGGAAUUGCCUUGGUGAAAGUGUGA